AUGACAAAAACAAAAUUCCUAUCGAUAAAACCAAUAAAAUCGAAAAGAAAAAAACAAAUUCAUUACUUUGAGACUGCAGUCUUUAAAGAUAAACUUAGACUUUCGAUUGAAAGAAAUAUUCGAGAUUUUAUUUCAGAUAAAGAGGAUUUUAAUUUUAACCACACAGUUGAACAACUUUUGGCACCUUGCAAAAAAACUCGAGGAAAACGAGGUAGAAUAACACGACCUCAAAAUGCAUUCAUCUUGUAUAAAAAAGAUUUUAAUGACCAAAUAAAAAAAGAAUAUCCUAAUGCAACUUUUGCACAAAUAUCAAAAAUUAUUGGGGGAAAGUGGGCAAGUGCAUUGGAUGAAACAAAAAAUCGAUAUAUUUUGCUAGCAAAGCUUUGCAGCCGUGUUCAUCGUGAUAUCUUUCCGAAUUAUAAAUUUAUGACAAGAUUGACAAGAGAAAAAAAAGAUUAUAUUAUGCCAAAGGAAUCUAAGGAAUCUGAAAAAGAAUUGCAAAGACCAUGGUCACCUUUAUCAUCUAUUAUAGUUCCCGAAGAAUCUCAGCCGUCCUUAAACGAGCAAACAACUUUGUUCGAUCUUGGUAUUAAUAUGCCUCAAGAAAAUUAUGGAGUAGUAAACGCAUUACAAGAGACGCAGCUCAUGACUGAAUCACACUAUUUGGACCCUAUGACAGAACUAAUUGAUAUGUUUCAAUCGAAUAAACAAUUCACAACAAAUUGUCACAACUAUCCAAAUUAUUUUAACUAUGAAACGGAAUCAACAGAAAUAUUACCUUUUGAUUUAACUGAAAAUGCUUGUGUAGACACAACUUUGCCAUUUCGUUUCAGUGAAAAUACUAGCAUUGAUACAACUUUGCCUCUUCAUUUUAUUCAAAGUACGCCACAAGAUUUUAACGACUAUCCAGUCGGGACAGUAAACUCUGAUUCCUUCCUAUUUAAUACAACUUUUGAUUCUUUUGAAUCAACGAAUGAACAUUUGUAUAAUAUUUUUGAUUUAACCGAUAUUUAA